AUGGACAUCACCAAGUUUGUGACCGACUACCGCGAGUCGGCCUUCCUGAUAGGCGACUACAAUACCUACCACGGCCAGUUGUCGCGCCGUCUCCGAAUCGUGAACAAGAAGCUUGGGCGGGCAACACCCAAGAACGCCAAAUAUGCCGCAAAGGCCCCGGUGACGGCAGAGGAUAUCAAGAACAACAAUGAGGCUCUUCACGUGCUCCUGCUCAACUCGGAACGCGCAUGGGCGCAGGCCAUGGCCACAAAGGCUUCUCACUCUGAAGACAACGCCGACAAGAGCAUCACUGGUUCUACACGCCAACACAUCCUUUCUCGCCUGCACAAGGCCAUUCAAUAUGCAAAGCAGGCUGUAGAUCUCAUCUCUGACACGAGCGCGAGCGGCGCUUCCGAAACGGAUGUGCUUGAAGUAAAAGCAUAUGCAUACACUCUGGCUGGAGCGCACGAGUUUGAGAAGCAAGCCGAGGGCAUCAAGAGCAAGAAUGCUUCGCCCUCGCGCUGGGCUCCCUGUCUCACCAACUACUCGGCGGCGCGCGUCAUCUACAGCUCUUUGUUGAAAGCUACGAGGAAGGACCUGUUCAAGGAUGUCAUGGCAGGUACCACCGACCCAAGCAUACGCUAUGCUGCGUACCAGAGUCGCAUUCCACGUACUGUAGGUGUUCCGGCGGUUGCAAUCAAGUAUUUCCCAAAGGACGAUGCAGAGCUAGUCCAGGCUGUGCAGAAGCUUGACUCGGCAGCCUUGAAGGAAGAGGAAGCAGCCUCAUCUCACACCCAGAUCACAUGGCGAGGCCGAACAGCAAACGUGGUGGAUGCCGCAAUUGGGCAGGCUCUAGCAUCUGUCGAUACCGCCUCUGCUGCUCUUGACCAAUCCGCGACCUCCACCUCAUCCCCCAAGGACCGAGCCAACGCGUACGACGAUAUCCUCAUCGCAAGCCAGGACGCGGUUGAUGCAACACGAAGGGCGAUCGAGGAGCUUGAGAAGGAAGGUGUCGACGAGGGCGAUGCGCGUAUGCAGGAUCUCCGUGUCACGAACCUGGCUGUCAACUAUGACCUGAUAUCAUGGAGAGUUGGGCGGAACAGAGUGCUUGUUGGCAAAGACGAUGGGCUCACGUUUCCUGCGAAUCCCCCGCAGAAACCGCGACGGCCGCGUAAAGACGGCAAGCAAUGGGUUGAACGGGAGGAACCCACUGGCCGCAAGCUGGCACGUCUGCGAGAGCGCAUCGCUCUGUACGAUGCGAUCCUGCAAAGUAUUGACUCGGUCAAAGACCUAAGAGGUGCUGCUCGCGAUACUGGCUUCAUUUCUGAACUCGACGGACAGCGCGCAUAUUUCCAAGCGCUAAAGUGUUUAAACUUGUCGCACUCGUAUGCAUUUUUGUCGACACCAAAACAAGCGUUGGCGCUUUGCAACAGAGCAUUGACGUUGGCAAGCCAAGCGGCAUCAGCUCCAAGAUCCCAAUCACCUUCAAGUUCGAGCGCACCCAAGAUGGAAGUGUCAGGUGAACAGACACAGACGCUAAAGAAGAAUCUGGAGAAUCUGAACUCGCACUACCGAGGUGUUGUGGCGCUUUCGCAACUGUUUGCAAACUCAGAGACCGCGUCCAAGGCCGGACUGGCGAAUGCCGCACCCGUUGUUGAGAGACUGAACGAAUACCCAUCAUCAGGCUCGGUUGAUCUCAAGAACCUUGUUACAUGGCCUCCGAAAUUGAAGCCUGUACCAGUCAAGCCUCUCUUCCUCGAUGUAGCGUGGAACUACGUCGAGUAUCCUGGACGCGCACCGCAAGUGCAGGAACCAGAGCCAGAAAAGGCGCCGGUUGAGGAGAAGAAGAAGGAGAAGCCGCAGGCCAAGAAGGGUUGGUUCUCCUUUGGUAGAUAA